AUGCGCAUUCAAGCCCUCUCCCUGCUAGGUUCGAUCCUCGCCCGACGUUAUGAGAAAACGAACAGUCAAGCUUACAUUGACGAAGCCAUUGGCCUGCAACGGAUUGUCUUGAUUCACGUCUCUGCCCUCCCCCACGAAGAACGCACCAACAGGCUUCACGGAGCCCAUCAUGUGCUGGCUGAUCACCUGAAGAAGCGGUACGAAGUCAUACAAGACCCGAAGGAUCUCGAGGACGCUAUCUCCAACUACGAGAUGUCGUUGGCGCUCUGCCCGCCUUCCCAUAAAAACCUUGAGUUGCUUUUAGCACGACUCGGCCAGUCGCUAGGUCGGAGAUUCCACCUACAGGGCCAGCUUAAAGACCUGAACAAUGCCCUCGCUACUGCGCGACGUGCUCUGUCGAUCGCCAGCCCGAAGAGCGAGGCACGAAGUUAUACGUUGGACGUGAUGGCAGGUUUGCUCGUCCUCAAGUUUGACUUGGCUUCAGCAUCCGAAUCCGAGCUUGCUGAGCUAGUCUCGUUUCGCCGUGAAGCCCUUCGAUUAACUCCGCACAGUCACCACUCGUAUCAUGGCCGCCUCAAUAAUCUUGGUGAAGCAAUACGGCAGCGUUUUCUCUGGACGGGGAUCCUAGCUGACCUGGAGGAAGCUAUUCAGUUGUUUCGCGAAGACUCCAGUACACGGAACCGUACGCUGGCAAACGCCUUUGUCCCCUCUAUCAACCUGGCCGAAGUUUUGUACCUACGGUACAAGGAAACAGGGCGCAUUGACGAUCUCCGCGAGUCAAUCAUGAUUUACCGCGAUUUCUUACGGACAGAAACUAAUCCUCGCCGCCGCGACCUUUUCAUCCCAGCGAUGAUACUGUGUCUUUGCGUCAGUUUCGAGAAUGAUCACCGAGACGAAGACUUGCAGGAAGCGAUUGCGCUCUCUCAGCAACACUUGGAAACUUUACCUGUUGACCAUCAAUUCCGAUUUCCCGCUAUCCAACGUCUCUGUGACGCAUUGAUAUUGCGCGGCCAACAUCACAAAUAUGUUGAGGAUAUCGAAAGAGCUCUCGAUCUUUUGGAAAGUCACAAUAAGCACGACUUUCUCGAGUCUGCUUCUGGUCCAGCGUACUUCCGCGCUCUCGGGGCAUCGUACCUUGCCCGAUUCCGGUUGAAAGGGGAGCGGAGAGACGUGGAGCGUGCCAGAGACUUGCUCCUCGAGUUGCUGGAACGCGCGCCGUUUGGUCGACGAGCUCGGUUCCAGAGCCUCAUCGACCUGGCAGAGCUUUAUCUCGAACGCGGUUCCGGUCUGUGCAACCCGGACGCGGCGUUGGGUUACUUGAAGCAAGCCGUCGCUGAAAACCAUCGCGAUGUGCGAUCUCGCCUUCAGGGCACCAUACGAAUUCUUCGCAUUAUUGAGGCGAAUCAGCCCCACGAGUCCAUGUCUGAACCUUCGGUCAGAAAGGAGCUCCUCGACAUCUAUUCGACGGUCACGGGCCUGCUUCCUCGGGUAGCCUACUUCGGCUUAGACCCCUCCUCCCGUUUGGAAUCGCUCUCCAUGGGCCAGAGCGUGGCCACAGUAGGUGCAGUUCACGCGCUUGUUUCGAACCAACCCGAGAAGGCGGUCGAGUUCGUCGAGCAGGGCCGCGCUGUGUUCUGGACGCAUACCCUGCGUCUCCGCUCCGACUUUCAAGACGUCCCGGAAGAACUUCGUGAACGCUUGACCGUGGUCGCUAGGAAGCUGGAGAAGCAGAGCGACAUAUCCUACUCGUCCUCCGACCAACGCCUGGUGGAAAAGGCCAUCUCUCAGAGGAGGCAAGAAAGCGACGAGUUCAAUGGAUUGGUGGAUCAGAUCCGCAGAUUGCCUGGCCUUGAUCGGUUCAUGUUGUGCCACGACUUUUCGACCCUGUCGCAGGUGGCAGAAAAGGGCCCCGUUGUCAUCUUGGUGACGAACGCAAUGGCAUCCUAUGCUAUCAUCAUCCGAGGUGUCGGCCGGCUAGUCAGCAUCGCACUACCCUCGCUCACGGACAGCUGGGUGGUCUCGUCGGGAGAAAGGUGGCGAUCUGCCGCGGAGGAAGCCCGGUCGCGCACCCGGUUGCAGGUCAGCAAGGUUAAGGGCCGUAGACCUGCUCCAAAGAACGCGGUGGACGAAGUGCUCGAAGGCUUAUGGACGAAGAUCGCGUGGCCUGUCCUGGAUGCCUUACAACUGAAGCCCUCUUCCGGUCGUCAGCGUCCGCGCAUCUGGUGGUGUCCAACGGGAUCUCUCGUUCACCUUCCUAUCCACGCCGCCCGAGCAUCCGCAGGCUCCUGCUCGGACUACGUUGUUUCCUCAUACAUUCCGACACUCGAGACGCUAAUCAACGCCCGCCGGACAUACAAUCCCAUUCGCAGGGACGACGUCAAGACACUGCUGGCCGCCGUUCCACGUCCGCACAGUGAGCGAUGGAAAGAACUGCCAGCCACAUGCGAGGAGGUCCACGGCGUCGCUGGGAUCAUACCCGCUCCCGCCCUGAUCCAGCUUCCCGAGGACGAGGACGCGCUUCGCGGCCUCGGCCGCGGGGUCAAAGGCGAGACGCUGCUCGGGCUCCUUCCCGACGCUGCGAUCCUCCACCUCGCAUGCCACGGCUACCAGGACCCUGACAACCCGCUCAAGAGCGGCUUCGUCAUGUCGGACGAGACGCUGACGAUCGAACGGAUGAUGCCCGUCCCGCUCCCGCGCGCUUUCCUGGCGUUUCUCAGCGCGUGCGGCACCGCCAAGGUGGACAAUAACCAACCGGACCAGGUUAUCAACCUGGCCGCGACGAUGCUUUACGCGGGCUUCAAGAGCGUCAUCGCGACGUUGUGGUCCAUGGACGACGUGGACGGACCGAUGAUCGCCGCCUCCGUCUACAAGACCCUUUUCGGGGGCGAUUCCGAGUUUCUGAACCCGGACGACGUCCCUUACGCCCUGGACGCCGCCGUGCGUGAGCUGGAGCAUGUGCACCCCGACCCGAGCCGUUGGGCGCCGUACAUCCACCUCGGUAUCUGA